AUGGGGGUAAUUGGGAAGGCUGAUGACUCAAAAAGUGGGAACGGUCAGAACGAAGAGGACAAUGAUGAUGGUGGGGAUGUUAGGGAUGGAAUAGGGGUGGCGAGCAAAGUUGAAAAUGGUUCGGAUAGCGGAAACAAUGAAAAAGACGAGGCGAGUGGAGAUGCUGAUCAAGAAAUCAGAGAAGGGGAUUCCGAUGCUAAUGACAAUCAGGAGAAAAACGAAGUAGUCGACCAAGAUGACAAAGAGGAAAGUGGUACUCAAGAAGUAGAUGCAGGAGAUAACAACGAUGUGGAGGGAAGUGAUCAAGAUAACCAACAAGCAGGUACUGGACAGGAGAGUGAUCAAGAGGAGGAUGAUAACCAAAGUCAAGAAGAAGGAAGUGGUGAAGAAGAUGACGGCAAAGGAGAUGAAAAAGGGGAUCAUGAUACUCAAGAAGAAGACUCGGGCGAGCAAAACAAGGAAAAAGAAGAUCCAAUGGGUACAACCGAGCAAGGGAAUGACUCAGAAAGAGAUGAUCCAGAGAGAAACAAUUCGAGAGGAGACAGCCAAAGGGAAAACAACACAAAGGGGAGUAAUCCAAAAGAAAACGAUCCAAAAGGAAACGCUUCAAAAGAUAGCGAUUCAGAAGGAGAUGAUCUAGGAGAAUGGAUUCCAGAGACAUAUGAUGCAGAUGAACAAGAUCAAACAGAGGACAGGGGUGACGAUGAAUAUGAUCAUGAAGGAAGCGAAGGAGGAAAUGAGAGUGAAGAUACUCGAGAGAACCAAGAAGAGGGCAACCAGGGUGACGAUGGAAGUGAAAACAAUCAAGACGGGAAUGAAGCAAACGAGAAUGAUAAAGAAGAGAAUAACGCAGACGGAAAUGAACCAGAGAGAGAUCAAGAAGGAAAUGAUACUGGUAAUACUGAAGCGGGAGACGAGAGAGAAGAUGAUACGAAAGACCAAGGGGACGACCAAGUUGAAAAAGAUCAGGGGGGAGAUGAUCAAGCAGAGGAUGGCCAAGGAGAGGAUGACCAAGGAGGAGAUGACCAAGAUGGAAAUGAAGAAGGUGGGAAUGAUGAUGAUGUGAAUGAUAGUGGUGGGAAUGAUGAUGAAGGUGAAAAUGAUGAUGGUGGGAAUGAUGGCGGUGAUAGAAAUGACGAAGUUGAAGACGAUUAA